AUGGACGCGGGGUCUUUUGUGCUCAUAGCCCGUGAAGGAGAGUGGGACGAAGCGUUACUUAUCACACACCACGAAGGCUCUGAGUGGUUGGUGUACUCAACUAGUCCUGACGGCUCACGUUUCAUAUGUGGCCUAGUAAGGAUGACGCUGGGCAACUUCAGAGCAAUAGAUGGGAGAGAUCAGCAUCGGAGUGCUCCAGCAGGCAUCCUAAUGAACAGCAUCAACUGGUUGUGCGACCCAGGAGAUUUAGGUCAGAAGUGGACUCCAAGCCCAGCUCAACUUGUGACCUUGUGUGCGGAGGGGAGGGUGAUCAUGGAUAUCGUGAAAGCAGAUUCCAGCCCACCUCAACGACACAUUGCGGGGUCCAGGAGCGAGCUCAUCGAGUUGGUCCCUCCAGUUCAAGCUCCUGCACCGGCCGCUGCUUCUCCUGCUGCGGGGGGGGCUCAAUCACGCCUGUUCACUCUGGAGAAGCUGGCGCUCAAUGACGAGGAGUUCAUGGCGCUGGAGCAUGUGCGCUUUCAGUGCUCCCCCUUGACCGAGUUCUGGGUGGCGCCGGAGCAGCCCAUGGAUUUCCAGCGUACCAUGGUUGAGGUCAAAGUCCAGCUGCUUGGUGAUGUCUACAAGGACUUGCUGCAAGAGAGGAAGGAGACGCUCCACCUCCAGCGCAUCAACGACCUGCAGGCCCAGAUCAUGGUGUGCAAGGACUGGAGUGAGCAUACCUUGAACUGGGCGGGUGAUUGCUUGAAGCAGCUCCAGUCCGACCUGGCUGCAGCAGAGGAGGUGGGCCAGAGCCAGAAGAAGCGCAAGGUCGCUGAGCAGUCUGAGGAUUCGACCGUGGAGAAGGGUGACGCCAUGAAUGAAGAGACAGAGCAGAAGGUGCAGAAGGUGCUUGGAAGUCGUCGUGUGAAGGUGUCCGAGAUUUCUCUUGGUGAUGACAGUGGGUGGCGGCCCGUGGCGGCCAGUCGAGUCAAGGAGCUGACGGAGGAGAUCACUUCUGGACAGUGGAACAAAACCACCUUGGCGUAUCCAAGCUUGCUGGUGGAUGAGAGAGGAGAUCAGGUGAAUGGCAUGGAUGGCUUGUGGCGCAUUGCCAAUGGCAAGCAUUCGGUGAUUGCGUGGAAGGAGUUCCUUGCUGCUGCGGAUCUUAGCUCUUUGGAGGGGGAGCAGCAGGUUGUGCAGACGGAUGGGUUGCAGGUGAACUUGGUGUACUACCCCGAGAAUUCACCGGAUGAUAUCAAGGUGGAGCAGGGUGUGGCCCAUGACUUGGAGAGCUCUUCCCACAAGUUUCGGCAGACAUCCUUGCAAUCCAAGUUCGAGAUCAUCCAAGCAGCUCGUGCUAAAGUUCCAGGUGGCAAGUUCGAAGAUGCAGUCAAUGCCUUGGUGGCGCAGUUUGGACGGAAGAAGCGAUCGACAUUCACUCGUUGGAGUCAUAUGACCCAGACGUUGCCGGAAGCCAUCCGCCACAAGCUGGACACCCAUGCGGACUUAUCGGAGAUCGAAGAGCGCCAGGGCUCACAGAAAAAGAAGAAGAAAUCCUCCAAAAAGAAUCGCAGCCGAAGCAACAGCAAAAGGAAGUCCAAGAAGUCCAAGCGCCACAGCUCAUCCUCCUCCAGCAGCUCAUCCCGGAGUUCAGGUACCAGCUCGAGCUCUAUCGUGCGCUGGAGAUCCAAGGAGAAGAGCCGAGAGGUGAAUGCAGUCUCAAUGGGGAAGGUGGACACCAGGAAAUUCAAGAAGCGCUCAGACCUCCUGAUUCUUGCAGCCAAACAUCCAGGGGCCUUGACGGCCAACUUCAUCAAUGCCAUCCGCCAGAAGUUGAUGAGAGGUGGCAUAGUGAAGACAUCCCAAUUGAGGGAUGUGGAGAUGACGGAGUUCAUCACCACGGGGGCUGCAGGACUGAAGGAGGUGCGGGAUCGGAGGGAGGCCAUGACCAUCCUUCAGGCAAUGGACUUCAUCAACCAGAAGGAGUUGGAGAAGGCCAUGGACGUGCUGGCAAUGAGGGUGACAGCUUUGUUGGAGGCAAAAAGCCAAGGAGGCACUUGGGAGAAGGCGGCAAAGAAGGAGCUGCACCCUGAUCUUUUGAGACAUGUGGGAGCCGGUGAGCCAUUGCAUGCUUUGACGGAGAAUUUGCUGGACUAUGUGGAACUUUCGGGUGGAGCGUUGUCCAGAAUGUUGAGACAGGGAUCGUUUCCUUCGUUGCCUUCUCCUGUUGGUGUUAGUCCUGAUGCUGUGUUUCCACUACCUUUGAUGAUGGCUUCCAAGAUGCCACGGCGAGGCGUUCCUGAACUGGCUGCUCAGGUGAAUUUGUCAAAGGCUUUGGAACCAUGGGAUGUUGGCCUGGCUGAACAAGUGGAGCAUCCUAGUGCACUUCUCUUACGUGGUAAGGCCAAACCCAAAACCAUUCCGAGGCCUUUUUGCAGGUUGGAUGGAGUGCCGAUUGGCUUCACUGCGGCGGCUUCAUGGGCCCAAGCCUACAACGAGGCAAAGGCGGUCGAAGUGGGACUCCCUCAAGAUAGGCGGCUUAUUGAUGACAAACCACCCCCCAAGCAUUUUCCAAUUUGGGGCUCUAUUCUCGAUGAUGUGUGGGCUUUAGAUGAGUGCACCUCUGCUGAAGAUCCUCCAGGUGUAGCUUCAAAAUGGUUGGAAGAUAUAGCUCAAGCUUGGGGUCGGGAUGGGGUUUUGGAGCAUGAGAAGAAAGCUGUCCGUGGGGUCUUAAAAGAGGAAGUCCAAGGGGUCAUGAUUGAUGGCAAAGAUGGCUGGGCUGGAGUUAGUAUGAGCAAGCGGGCCUUGUUGCUGGAGGCUGGUCUUUACCUCCUGCGGCAGCAGCGUCCUCUUGUUGGAGAAGUAGACAGUGGCUGGGGAAGUUGA